AUGGCGACAAUUCGACAUGCCCGCCGGGAGGACGCUCCCGUCAUUCUGCAGCUCAUCCAGGAGCUUGCCGAUUACGAGAAGGAACCCGACGCCAACAAGGCGACCGUUGAGACCAUCCAGGCCACAGUCGCCUUCGCGCCCUCCGAUUCCCCCAACGCCGACCCCUCCAUCAUCCCCGCCACUGAGCCCAUCUCGCCAACGAAGCCCGCCCGAUGCCUCCUCGCGAUUUCCCCCGAGGGUGAGGCCGUGGGCAUGGCGCUAUACUUCUACAACUACAGCACGUGGCGCGCACGCGCAGGUAUCUAUCUCGAGGACCUGUUUGUGAGAGAUUCGGCUCGUGGCAAGGGGUACGGGAAGAAGCUGCUGAGCACUCUAGCCAAGCAGGUCGUCGCUAUGGACGGAGGUCGACUCGACUGGGUGGUGCUCAAGUGGAACGAGCCCAGUAUUAAGUUCUAUGAGAGCAUUGGUGCCUACAAGAUGGACGACUGGGUUGGUAUGCGAGUAGACGGCGAGGGUCUGAACAAGCUCGCAAGCUUGACGGAUUGA